GAGUACGUGGCGUUGCGUGUUCAGUUGCAGGUGCUAUCGUGUGUAGAAAAGGCGCUGCAUGCUUAUAUAAACUCUUUAUUGAAAGAUAUUUUGUAACGAUUCUGUUUGACGCCCUUAACUGGGAUGGAGAACACAGAAAGGACGCCCCUCCUUGGCGGCCUCAGUCCGAGUGUCCCCGACGUUCCGUCUCGGGCAGCGGCCGCCCCGACCCCUCUGCCGCCCGUAACCGCCAACGACGUCCAGUUUUUGACGCAAGAAGAAACUUCUGAAACAGAAGGCUCUAGUUUCCUGGAUGGUGCUUCGGAGGAGGCGCUGAUCGAGAACCGGAAGGAGGACUGCGUGGACGGCCUCCUUCGGCCCAAGGCAGCGACGGAGGUGGCUGUGAGGAUGAGGGAUCCCGCGGCCUCGUCUUUCACCUCGAGCGACCUCGGGAUCGGCGACAGGGAGGCGGCGCGGGCGUACUGGCAACGCUUCUGGGUUCUGCUGCUUUUCUCCUGCCUUGCGUUCUUCCAGUGUUCAAUGUGGUCCACUUGGGGUCCCCUGAGCGAGAGCGUGGAGGUCGCCUAUCCCAACUGGGGCUCCUCCACAGUGGCCAUGAUGGCUAACUGGGGCACUUUGGCCACCAUGGGAUUUGUCCUCAUCUCCAGCUGGUUCCUCCACGCCUUCGGCUUGCGUGCGGGCGUGCUAACCGCUGCCGGAAUGUUGGCUCUAGGAACAGCCCUCAGGACCCUGACCGUGCAGGACGUGGCCUUCACCGUCCUGAGUCAUGUGUGCGCCGUGCUGGUAGGGCUCGCGGGCACGGUGUUCAUCUCGGCUCCUCCGAUGUUAGCCGCUGUGUGGUUUCCGUCGACAGAGAGGACAACAGCCACAGCUGUCUCGCUGGCAGCCAAUCAGCUGGGGACGGCAGGCAGCUAUCUGGAGUCUUUCUUUGUCCGGCAGCCUGGCAAGGGAGUGUCGCCGUUGAAUGUGAAGGAAGAUAUCAGGUCCCUCAUGGCCUGUGAGGCCGUGAUCGCGUUGGUCUUGUUCAUGCUGACAGUGGCGUACUUCCCUCCCGGACCCCCCUCCCCCCCGUCCAUCACCUCGGCCAUCCCCAGACUGCAAUACAGAGAGGCUCUAAGCAGCAUCUUGAGAAAUCGCGACCUGAUGCUCCUGAUUCUAGCAUUCAGCAUGUUCGCGAGUGUGCCUGUGGCUUGGAUGAGCGUUCUGAACUAUUCGCUGAAGGACAUCGGAAUCGGACAGGACGAGGCCGUGUGGAUCGGUUUGGUGAGCUCGUUUUCCUCGGCCGUGUUUGGCCUCGUUUCCAGCCGCCUCACUGACCUUGUCUACGGCCACGUGCGCGCGUCGCUGCUCGUCCUGACCUUCCUCGGCUGCUCCUGCUUCUUCUGGUUCUCGCUGAUGACUUGGCACUCCGUCCCGGCCGCCAGGUGGCAAGUGUACGCGAGCGUGGCGGGGGGGCUGUCCCUGAACUUCGCGAUGAGUCCGCUGUUCGUGGAGAUGGCGGUGGAGACGGCGUACCCGUGCCCCGAGGUGGUGGUGGCCGGCGCGGCGCUCACCCUCGACAACGCCAUCGGCUCCGCCUUCCUCUUCGCCUUCUUCUCCCGCCACAGCAGUCACUACGACAUGUCCAGCUUGAAAGUGGUAACGAUAGUUGUUACCGCAUGUCUCCUGUCGUUGUUGAUGUAUAUAUAUCCAGUAUAUCCAAACAUCUCUGCCAUGGAAAACAUUUCACGCCAACAAAUCUCUUCUGAGGAACGAACGAUUUCCCUCUCAAAUCGAACCGAGUGCCUACCGCUGCUGCCCAGUGCCAUGGCAGAGAAGUCGCCAGAGAAAAAUUGCUCUUUGCCGUUUGCGGUGAUAUAUGACGGCGGGCGACUCGGGAACCAGAUAUGUCAGUACUUCUCCCUGCUGUUGCUGAGGAUGCAAUAUGGGAUCAGGAUCGCAAUUCUACCCAAGACGAAGCAAAUCCUGACGUCUUACUUCGAGAACGUGUGGGUGCCGCUGAACGGCAGUAAAUGCUUCACCCAGCACACCCGACCCUUAUCAUUUCAGAAGAUGUACAAGAAAUUAGUCACCUUCAGCGAGGGCAAUCCGCAGGCGUACCCUCUGUCAGAAUCCUACUUCAUUAACAACUACCCCUGCCCUGUAGAUCUGCUACUGCCUCGGAGGGAGAGGUUCAAGGAGGACUUGGUGUUCAAGCCUGAAAUCCUGGAGAAAGCCCGUAAGCAGAUCCACAGCUCCUUGGAAGCAGCAAGAAUCGCCGUAAGUGCAGACCUCACCGUGGUUACCGUGCAUGUAAGGAGGACGGACUAUAUUCACCAUAUGAAGUUACGCUAUGGCUUGGCGCCGUUGACCGAAGCUUAUUUCCUGCGAGCAUUCAACUAUUUCAGAGAGAGAUUCGCAAAACCCGUGUUCCUGAUUACGACUGAUGACUUCAAGUGGUGUAAUGAGCACCUAUUGGGUCUAGAUGUCUUGUACGCAGGUUCAGGAGAGCCUUCGGUAGACAUUGCUUUGCUCGGCCAAGGGAACCACACGAUCGUCAGUUUUGGGACUUUUGGCUUCGUUGGCGCACUCCUGGGACAAGGCAUUAUCGUGCACCCGGAAAACAACCCAACAUAUGACUGUGACAUAUCUGAAAUCACGGUGUCGGUGCCUGUCAGUUAGGUAACCAUUAUCCAACAUGUAUUCACGUUAUGGUGCCAUCAGGAACGGCGCCGGAUUAUACAAGAGGCACAGGAAGCACAGUACCAGAGGCCUACGAAAUAUUAGGGUCAGGGAAACAUGGACCGAAAACUAGUCUUUGCCUUUGAUAUUAUGACAGUGAUGCCUAAUUACCUAAGUGUUUAUGUUUUCAGUUGCCAGAUACAUGUUUACUUUUUUAUUCUUCUGUCACUUAUGCUAUACCAAAAUAUAAAAUCUUAUUCUCCCGAUAUCACAGUGGCUAUUAGCUCGGGAAUGCCAGGGUCAUAGGAUGCUUAAUCCGGCCCAGACUAGUAGUUAUAAGCUAUAUUAAAACUGAAUGUGAUAUGAGGGUAUACAUUUUCUUUUACAUUUAUCAAACAGGUGAUAAGUGUGUGUGAGAACCUGUCUUUCACUGCAUUGUAGUAAAAUGAAAAUAACUUAUAUGCGUAAUAUCCACGAACUGAGCAAAUGCGACACAGUAAAUCUUAUGUUACUUCCUAAGGGUUCAAAGAUUCAAAAUUUUAAGUUUUAGAUGUCAGAACUUCAUGAAACAAACUGGUCAUAUGUAUUGUAUACAUUAUAUUAUUUGCCCAGAUUAUUCGCCUUAGAGCAAAUGUACCUGAUACAAGAAUAAUGUUGACCCUA